CGAAAUGGACGUUACGUCAUGCAGUCUACAUGAAAGGGCACUAGUAUAGUAACCGUUGUAACCAUCUAACCGUGUGUUUAAUUGACCGUAGAGGAUAAAAGUGGAAGGACUCUUCAGGCUCAAAGAAAGUUGCCAAGAAGUACGAUUUCAUGGGACAGUCGUUUAUCAAAUCCGGCUCUCGUAGAGCGAGUUUAUAUGAAUGUUCCGAAGAAGAGCUCGUCGAAACGAUAUCAAACAAAGAAGCCGUGAGUCGAGGUUCAAACAAACAGUUAACUGAAUCGAAUACGGGCGAAACAGCUGUGGAUAAAGGUUCCGAAAAUCAGUUAGUCAAAUCCACAUUGCAUAAAGCAGCUGUAACUAAAGAUGAAGGUUCCAAACAUCAUUCAGUCAAAUCCACAUCACAUAAAGCAGCUGUAAAUAAAGAUGAAGGUUCCGAAAAUCAGUUAGUCAAAUCCACAUCGCAUAAAGCAGCUGUAACUAAAGAUGAAGGUUCCAAACAUUCAGUCAAAUCCACAUCACAUAAAGCAGCUGUAAAUAAAGAUGAAGGUUCCAAACAUCAUUCAGUCAAAUCCACAUCGCAUAAAGCAGCUGUAAAUAAAGAUGAAGGUUCCAAACAUAAAUCGGUUAAAUCCACAUCACAUAAAGCAGCUGAGAAUGAAGGUUCCAAAAGUCAGAUAAUCAAAUCCACAUCGCAAAAAUUAGCUUUAAUCACAUCCACAUCGCAUAAAGCAGCUGUAAACAAAGAUGAAGGUUCCAAAAAUCAGUUGGUCACAUCCACAUCGUAUAAAGCAGCUGUGGGUGAAGGUUCCAAAAAUCAUUUAGUCAAAUCCACAUCGCAUAAUGUAGGUGCGCAUGAAACUUUCAAAGAACAGGUUGUCAAAAUUAUAUCGGACAAAUCUACAGUCGAUAAAUCAACUGAUGAUUGCAAAGAACAGUUACAUACAACGGUUUUCGAAAAACCAACCGUUGAUAAAGGUUGCAGUGAACAGUUAGUCAGUUGGAGUACAGGUGAGACAGCCAUGGGAAAUUAUUUACAUCAGUCAAAAUCGCGCCUCGCAGCUGUCACGGCUGCCCACUCCAGUGGUGCUUCAGAUGAACACAGCUCACGCAGGACAUCACAUGAUCACCUGGACACGGUGAAAAGGGGGUAUGAUUUGAAGAGGAAAUACAGUUUAGGUGACCCCUUGGGAAAGGGUGGAUUUGGCACAGUGAUGUCUGCCGUCCGAAAACAAGACAAAGUUCAAGUGGCAGUAAAAUUCAUUCCCAAUAAAGGUGUCAAAGAAUGGGCAUAUAUGGAUAAACAUUAUGUACCUAUGGAGGUCUGUCUGCUGAAAAAGCUUGAGCACGUGUCGGGUGUUAUUCACAUGAUAGACUUUUACGAGUACCCGCGCAGUUUCGCGGUCGUGCUUGAAAGACUAGAGUCAGUAGUCGACUUGUUUGAAUACAUCACAGAAAGAACUCAUUUACUCGAAGACGAGGCGAGGGACUUUUUCCAACAGGUUGUUGAAAUCAUUUCAGACGUUCACGAGGCCGGUGUGCACCACGGAGACAUUAAAGAUGAAAACAUACUCGUGACCCCAAAUGGACGGUUAAAACUCAUUGACUUUGGUUCAGGGUCUUUCUUGCAGAACAAGUAUGAACAUAGAGCUACGGGUACUAUAUUGUAUAGUCCACCGGAAUGGAUCAAGGAGCAUAAAUACAUUAAUUUGCCAGCAACCGUUUGGUCUUUGGGUAUUUUAUUGUACAUUAUGGUGUGUGGCCAGAUGCCUUUUAAGAAGGAGCAAGACAUCUUGACAUCCAGAUUCGCAUUGAUAUAUGAAGUAUCUGAUGCAGUCGAAGACCUAAUUCGGCGGUGUCUUACUGUCUGUGUUAAAGAACGUAUAUCUUUUGAUAAGAUACACGAACACCCUUGGCUGAAAAGAAGAAGUAACAUUUCAUUGUCUCAAACAUCAAUGUGUGGAACUUCAUUCGACCAUGACACGUUGCGCUCGAGCCGGGCCUCUUCUCUUAUAUCCCAGGAAAUUACUAACAGCUCUAAAAUGGACAACAUAACAAAUAAUAAUAAAUAACAACAUUAAACAUA